GACUCUUAUUUUGAAGUUGCAGUCGCUCAGCCAAUCAGAUGUCAAUUUUUAUGUAACAGGAAGCGAUGUUAUGAAAGCAAACGCACUUGACAACCUGACAACAAGCACCAAACGCGUACAUUUACAGGCAGUUUUGACCAACCUCACACCAGCCAUGCUGAAAGCUGUGGGACAAGUUUUGUUCUCAACCGGACUGCAGAACCCGAAAUACACAGCAGACGAGAAAAAGGGACAAGACUACGAGAUUCGCACCUACCAUGCGACUAAGUGGGUGAGCACCACUCUGAGUGGGAUGCAGUGGGACACAGCCAUGAAUGUUGGCUUUCGCCGGCUCUUCAGCUACAUUCAAGGCAACAAUCACAACAAGGUGAAAGUGGACAUGACUGCCCCCGUGACGUGCCGCGUGGACCCUGGAGCCGGCCCUGCAUGUGAAUCUCAGUUCACCGUAUCCUUCUAUGUCCCGGAGGAGCAUCAGGACAACCCACCGGAGCCGAGCGACCCGGAGGUGUUUGUGGAGCACAGAAAAGAGUUCACAGCUUAUGUCAGGACAUACGGUGGUUUCUCCAAUGAGAAUUCAAAACGUGAAGAGCUCCUAAAACUUAUGGAAAGCCUGCAGAGAGACGGAGUCCAGUACAUCGACAAGCCGUACUACGCAGUCGGGUAUGACAGUCCCUUCAAACUGACCAACCGCAGGAAUGAGGUCUGGGUCUUGAAGAAGGAGCCGGAGUAGGAAGUUUAAAGGUCAAGCAACACUCUAUAAAAUAGUCAGGUGUAGGAAGGAAAGGUUUUACAUGAUCUUUUGAUUACACUUGAUACGUUUCAGACAGCACUAAUCAAUGUCCAAGGGAGAAAAAAAACUGUCAUUGCUAUUAUGGAAGUAUGAUGAAUGAAAUGGAAGGUCAUAGGUCAUACUAUCGACCAACAUUUGUCUGAUGUUCUGCUUCUGCUUUAUUUUACUAAAAGUUUGACUAAAAGUUACUGAAUUAAAGACUCAGUAAAAGUCUUGACAAAGGGACCAAACAAAUGAUUACAAGAGCUCUCAGAGGCCGUCGUCAGCAGAAGAACCCAUAAGAAAAAGUGGAUACAGUGGCGUAAUAAUUCCAGCAGGCGGUGCCAAGUAGUCAGAAGACAUUUCUCUCAUAUAGUGCAUCUUGUUUUGGCAAAAAACUCCAAGUGCCUCUUUAUAGUUUAUUUAUAUUUAAUACCUCUUUAUUUGAUUCUUUUUUAUGAAUGACUCGUUUAAAGUACACUAAUUAUCCGGUUAUGUUUGCGCACAUUGCUAAUUGCUAUUUUGUUUUCAGACCACCCUUAAUAUAAAAAGACUGUGCAGGAUGAAGAAAUCUAGGUUCAUGUUUUCAAGCCUGUCUUAUAGCAACACUUAGAUAAAUUCAACUUAUGUACAUUAAAGGUGUUAUCGAGCGCUGUAAAUGUUCAACAUGUCCAUACCGGCUGGAAAGAGACUGUGUCCUAAUUCAAUUCCAGUUUAAAGUGAUGGUGGACAAAAUGCGCAGUCCUCGUUCUCUGCACUCUUAACGUUGAGUCAAAAUGAGGCUUUUACAAAGUUAGUCUAGUAAAGUGUAUCUUACAAAUUAUGUUCUUUUUUUUUUAGUAACAAAUAGCAUCUUAGUGUCAAUUUUUAUUAAAAAAAUUCUACCUGACAUGUCUGACUCAGACUUUUGAAGCCUCAUUUCAGCCUAAUCUGAGAUAAUAUUUUACACAGUACUGUGGAUUUUCUUCCCCAUCACUUAUAUUGGAAUGACCUUAGGAAGGGAUCUCUUUGCAGCCAAUACAGACAGGAGGAAUGAUUUCUGCACCUAUAACCCAUUCAAUGUACAAAUGGGCCUGCUAGUAUUUUUUUAAAACAAACUUGGAAAAAAAUGUGAACCCAUCCUUUAACUCUGUGGGACAGCUGCAAAGUUUUGGCAGCAGAUGCUUUCUCUUGUCUGUCAGUGGCCGUGCUGUGAAGGUGGCUCUACCUGCCUGCCUGACAAAAUGUUGGUAAAUAUCGGUUUGUGUAAUGGUAGACCUGGCUCAUCGUCACCGCCAUCACGCUCAUUACGAUGAGCUACUGAGUCAUAGCAAAUCUGGACCAGUCUCAGCAAAAAAAACCCUGAUGAAUUAAUAAGCGUGUCUUGUCCUGCCUGUUUGGUGUGUUAAGCUGAGAUUUACCAACAUCUUUGGUGUAUGUUAAGAUGUGGGCAAAGAGUGACCCUUACUACCCAACAUAAACAUGAUGCCUUCUUUAAUCUGAGUUUACCUCCUUUUAUACAUUAAAUCAUAUUAAUGAUCAUACUUAUAGCUCGUGAUGUACUGGAAGGUGUGUGUUUUUAAUCCUUUAGAAGGGAUACUACAUGGUAAUGAUGACCCUUGCCUUUAAAUGAAUUAAGAAUGUAAAAUAUACUAUCAUUAAUAAUAAACAUAACUUGGCAU